GGUGCUACCUGCAGGAAUGAAUGCAAAAAUGCUGGGAGGAGUAUUUAAGAUAGAUUGGAUAUGCAGGCGUGAAUUGCCAUUCACAAAAUCUGCUCACCUGACCAAUCCUUGGAAUGAACAUAAGCCAGUAAAGAUUGGACGUGAUGGACAGGAAAUUGAGCUUGAAUGUGGAACCCAACUUUGUCUCCUAUUCCCUCCUGAUGAAAGUAUUGACUUGUAUCAGGUCAUUCAUAAAAUGCGUCAUAAGAGAAGAAUGCACUCUCAACCCCGGUCAAGAGGACGUCCAUCCCGUCGAGAGCCACUCCGAGAUGUGGGAAGGCGUCGACCAGAGGAUUAUGAUAUUCAUAACAGCAGAAAGAAACCAAGGAUUGAUUAUCCCUCUGAGUUUCACCAAAGACCAGGGUAUUUAAAAGACCCCAGAUAUCAAGAUAUAGACAGACGAUUUUCAGGAGUUCGGAGAGAUGUCUUUUUAAAUGGGUCUUACAAUGAUUAUGUGAGAGAAUUUCAUAACAUGGGACCACCACCGCCUUGGCAAGGAAUGCCUCCUUACCCAGGUAUAGAACAGCCUCCCCAUCACCCAUACUACCAACACCAUGCUCCUCCUCCACAGGCUCACCCUCCUUACUCAGGACACCAUCCCAUGCCACAUGAUGCACGGUACAGGGAUAAGCGAGUGCAUGACUAUGACAUGAGGGUAGAUGACUUUCUACGACGGACACAAGCAGUUGUCAGCGGCCGGAGAAGCAGGCCUCGAGAGAGAGAGCGGGAUCGUGAACGAGAUCGGCCCCGAGAUAACCGAAGAGACAGGGAUCGGGAACGAGGGAGGGAGAGGGAGAGGGAAAGAAUAUGUGAUCGGGACAGAGACAGAGGGGAAAGAGGAAGAUACAGAAGAUAAUGUAUUGUGAAACUAGAGUUACUUAAGGAAGCAAAGGCUUGUAUAUUUGCGUGUUUACAAGUAGUAAACUUUUAUUUUCCUAAGUCAUCAUACUUGAUUGUGUAGAUGAAUUUAUAAUUGCCCCGUUCCAAGCAUGCUGUAAGCUGUGAACUGAAAUACUUAUUUCGGCCAAAAACAUGCGAAGCUUGAUUCUUCAGUUGAUAUUUUCAUUUAAGCGGCAGUUUAGAAGGCAAACAUUUUAAGAAUGUAGAUGAAUUUUCCCAACAUGUUUAUCUUAAUAAUUUAAUUAUAUGUUCCUUUGAAUACAAGUUACUAGCUGCCAUGAUUUUUGCUGUUUUUCUUUACAUGUAGCUUUUAAUAUUUCUUGGGGGGGUGUAAGUGUGGAAUGCUGCUAUCAAGUACGCAAAAAUACUGGGUGUGUGAUAGUUGGCUGUAUGGCAGUAUUGAAGCCGUCGCCUUUUGUUUUUCUGUUUCUGUUUUAAUUUUUGUAAAGAAAAAGCUUGUUCAAUAAUGAAAGCAAUAGUAAUAUGUUAUUGAACCUGUGCUCUGAUUGUAUUUUGUUUAAUGCUCGUCUAAUCACCUCACUUGCACCCUUUUUUCUCCAAAUUAACCAUACUGUUUAGAAUGUCCACUGUAUGUGUGUGUGCAUAUAUGCGUGAGCACAAAUACUGUUGUAUUCUACAUUGCUAUCAUUUCUUUUUUUAUAAUAAAUUGCUAAUAGUCAAAUUCCAUGGACUUGAUGCUUUCUGGCUUCUAAAAAAGAAAGAUUAAUGAUUAAUUUGUCAAUGUCAUUUCAGGCAUUCAGGCCUCAGCAUGAGACAGAAAAAGAGGCAUUGUCAGGGUUGUUCUAGGUAAUGAUAACUCAAAUAAAUUUCCAUUCUUAUCCAAUAUAUUUAAAUUGUGGCAGAUCUAUUAAUAACUCCAUAAAAAUAUAAGUACGGGAAUCUCAGACUCAGGAAAGUACAUAGUUUUGUUAUAGAAAAAGGAAACUUUUGGAAAAUAGUGGCCAGUGAACAGUUCCAUGUUAAUUUAUUUAACCAACUCCCAUGCUAUUUAUUGCAAUUUGCUGCCAGUAAGAAUGCUUGUUCAUACCUGAGAUGAAGCAAAUUCUCUAUCUGAUAUUAUAGUAGGAAUAGCCUGAUAUUCUAGUAAAUUAUAGUCAUUCUUUAAUGAAAAGGCUAGAGGUAUAAAGUUUCUGGACAUUUUAAUUCUACAAAUAACAUUUCUUUUUUCCUAUUCUAAAAUAAAACAAAAAAUGGCAAUACCUGGUGUUCUUUACCAAUCUUGUUAUUUUGUCAACAUAGGAAUAUAAUGCAGUUUAUGUAUAAUUGCUCAUAAAAUCAUUUUAAUAUAACAAUAAUUGAUUAACCAAUUUGAAAGUGUGGUUGGGUAUUUUUGAAACAGAGAUUAGAAAUCAGUUAUAAUUUAUAUAGAAAAUGCAUUGAUGUCAAUUAAAGGGUUAAUAUUCUGACUUCAAAACCCUUGUAUUUCUAUUAAAAUAGUGUUUUCUUUUAA